CUCGCUACCUUCCAGAUAUUGAUCAGAUCGAAAUCGAGUUAUUCAAAAUUAUUUGUUUAGCUCUCUCGUGAUGAGCGAACCCAUAUCGAGCCGCGGGGUGCGCUUCAUAUACAAUGCGCUCCUGCUGACGACAUCCGGCCUGACGGCCAGAAAGUUGAUGCCGCAGGAGCAUCCUUUCGCCCUUGCCGCCUGCGUGGUGGGCGGCCUGGCCGCAGUGUUUGGUCUGUUGCGUGCCUUCCUGGACGACGGCAGCAGAAGAGGAGGAGGAGGAGGAGGCCGCGCCAGCAACAGCAGCAGCGACGGUAGCGAAUUUCGCAUGCUGCGCAAUGUUACCCAGAGCAUGUUGGAGCUGAUGCCCCUGGCAUUGGUUAACAUGGAGCUGUAUGCGCAUUCGCUGGGCCUGGGCGCCGUUGCGCUGGCCCAUGGCAUCUUUGUGCUGCCGCUGCUGCUCGAUCUGAGGUGCUCCGUGGUAAAGAAUCGCAAGGAUUGCGAUCUGACCGAAACGUUGCGAGAUCUUUUGGUAUUGGGCAACAUUGUAUCGCUGGGCUUUCUGGCCGCCAAGGAGCGUAAUCUGCUCUAUUUACGCAUGACCCUCACCAUGUUGGUGGUCAAGUAUUAUCCGGUGCUGAUGGACAGUGCACAGGAGGAGACCGGCGAGGAUUUGAUUGUCUGCGGCAAUGCCUACUUUCUGCAUGUGCUCGGCAAGGUGGCUGCCCAAUGGGCGCUUCAGUAGAAAGCCGCGUCGCAUCCACGCCCCCACCCCCCCUGUUCACUUCCAAAACACACACCCCGCCUCCAAUUCGCACAACCCACAAGGAUUUUGGGUUUCGAGCGUCAUUUCAAUUCCAUGAAUUUGUCUGGUCUUGUAUUAAAUUACCUUAAAGCACCUUUUCAA